UAUUCCCUUUCCAUUUGCCAACAUAAAAAUGGUUUCUCUCCAUUUUUGCUCGCUUCAAAGAAAGCGUCUCCCACUUUUUAACACCAACCAUUCAGCACUUAUCUCUCAAUUAAUUGAACAUGGUGGGAAUAAUAAUGCCAAGAAAACAAUAAACUUAUCAUCUUCUUCUUGGAUUGUUCGUGCAGUGGAGAAAGAUUCAAAGCAGUUUGAAGUAGACCCAGAAAAGGCUAAAGAAGCCCUUCAAAAGCUUGACCAGCAGCUGCAAACCCUCUCUAACAAACAAGUCAGCACUCCUAAGAUCAGAGCAUUAGAUGUAAAACUUACAAGAGACAAAAUGGUGGAAGAUACCCCAGAAGUUUCAGGGUCUUUCUUGGCAUAUUUAACUAUUGCUCUCCUUACUUUCACAAUCUUUUACAAUAUCUGUUUUUAUGCGGUGAUAAAGCCAUCCAUUGAUGGACCGGAGUCAGCUCCACAAUCUAGCAGCCAAAGUGAGUCAAGGGGUGCAGCAGUUUUGCAGUAG